AUGGAACCGCUCGACGGGUUAGAGGGAGUGGCGAUCCGGAAAGCCGUGUGCGGACCCAAUCACACGCUCCUACUGUCCACCGAUGGCUAUAUGUACGCAUUGGGCGGCAAUAACUGGGGACAGAUAGGUAACGGCACUCAACGCAAUCAGUCGACGCCAGUGCUCAUCGCUCCGGAAAUGCGUUUCAAAGACAUUGUCGUCCAUUACGACCACACGCUGUCCAUUGGGGUGUCCGUUCAUAAUGAGUACUACGUGUGGGGAAUGGUUGGGUUCUUCACGCCCCGUAUCGUUCCCGAGUCGAUGGCCAGUCAUACCGUUUACGAUAUUUACGCCAAUUAUUGUUGCAUUAAUAAGACAUACGAAACGAUUGUCUUUCCCGAAGCGAACGGAACUGAUUUGAUGACAAACAAGACAUCAAUUGGUGGCCAUUGUGUGGGAAAGGGAGUGUCGUUAGUGGCAAAUCACUUCAAAGACAGUAUCAACUAUUGUAAGACAAUUGGAUCAGAUGUCAAGGUAUUGAACUGUGACCACAAUUUGAUGGAUAAUAACAACACCAAUACCUGUGAACCCCUAUCGACAUCCGGAUCUGUUGGGACCGAUAAUCAUAGUAUUUCACUGAAAUCAAAAUCCAAUAAUAAUGAGAUCCGUAUUAAAGACUAUUCUUAUGAGGCUUUCUAUACAUUCCUGCAGUUCUUGUAUGGAAUGAAUCCAGAUAUCAAUGACAGUAACAGAAAUGGUGUCUCAAAGUUGGCCACACUUUACUCCGAAUCCAUUCUUCAGGAGAUGUGUGAACAGAGAAUGAGUGAAGAAGUGGUGAUAGACUUGUCAAACAUCUGUAGUCUCUAUGAGAGAGCAGUGAAUGAGAAGUCCAUUGAUUUGGAGAAGAGUUGCGUUGAAUUUGCAAAAAACAAUUUCAAAGACAUUUGUAAAUUGGAUUCAUUUGACACAAUGCCUGAAGACCUGUCCAAACAAUUAAUGCGAUCAACGAUUUCAAAAGCAUUUGACGGAAGCACGAUUUCAAAAGCAUUUGACGGAAGCAUUCAAAACAAGAAGUUUUGGGAAACAGAAUGUCAACAGAAUUUGAUGAAUGAGAAUGAGAUCCAUAUUAAGAGCUAUUCUUAUGAGACAUUUGUAUCACUUCUCAUGUAUUUCUAUGGACUCACUCCCGAAGUCAAUGACCGCAACUGCACUCAACUGCUAAAGUUGGCCAAAGAAUACGGGGAACUGGAGCUUAAAGACAUGUGUUUGCAAUACUUAGCAAAAUAUAUGUAA